UGCUUAUAGUAAGUUGUGAAGUGUGAACCAAACAGAAAGCUAUCUCAUACAUUUAGCUAAGAGCUACUGCCACUACCACUCUUCUUCUCUGUCAAUUUUCAUCUCCAGAUUUAAUUUUCUCCACCAAAGUUGAAGUCUUUCAGCUUCUUGAGUGUUCUGUGUGUCUAUUCUUUGGUUUCUUCUGAUGUGUAUGGGGUAGCUUUUGAGUUAGGAUGGCUUUCUUCAUUCCAAUGAAUGUAUGUCCAUUUGCCAUGUCUUGCUCUUGUCAGAAGAUUCAAGGCACUGAUGAAUAUAAACUACAAUCACGGAGUUCUGGUAUAUUAUCAUCUAAAGAAGAGGCAACUCGUCGCCAGCUUCUUGCAGUAGGUUUUGCCAGUCCUUUGGUUUCACUUUUAACAUACAGCUGCAGCUUAACGGUGCCACCAGCUUGGGCAGAGGAUCAAGAGAUUCAAGACAAGGAUGAAAGUGUGGUUGGGGCUAUUAAGUCCUUGUUUGAUCCAAAUGAGACAACAAAGUCAGGAAAAGUCUUACCAAAGGCUUACUUGAACUCUGUAAGAGAGGUGGUGAAGACAUUGCGCAAAUCAUUAAAGGAAGACCCAAACGACAUGUCUAAGUUUAGACGAACAGCUGAUGCAGCUAAGGAAUCCAUCAGGGAAUACUUGGGUGGAUGGAGAGGACAAAAAUCAGUAGUCAAUGAGGAGUCAUAUGUUAUGCUAGAGAAAGCUAUUAGAUCUCUGGCCAGUUUUUAUUCAAAGGCAGGCCCAUCUGCUGCACUUCCAGAAGAGGUAAAGUCAGAGAUCUUAGAUGAUCUGAAUAAAGCAGAAGAAGCAUUGUAACAUGGGGUGGAAGGUCAGUGGUACAUGGUGGAAUAGUCCAGGU